AUGACGGUGGGCAUCCUCACCGGCAGCGUUCGCCCCAGCGGCAACGGAGCUGGCAUCGCCUCCUGGCUACAACCCUGCCUACGCCGCAUCCUCUCCUCCUCUUCAUCGCCCACCACCUCCUCCACCUCCACAACUGCGCCCGUCGUGACCACCAUCGACCUCGGUGCCCUCGCCCUCCCCUUCUUCGAUGGCGACACCCUCCCGGCGCAAAUCACGACACCCGACGCCUACGCCCACGACGCGGUGCGCCAAUGGAGCCGCCGGCUGGCCUCGUUGGACGUCGUGGUCAUCGUCACGCCGCAGUUCAACUGGGGCUACCCGGCCGUGCUCAAGAACGCGAUCGACUGGCUCUACCACGAGUGGCGGGCCAAACCGGUCCUGCUGGUCACCUACGGCUCGCGCGGCGGGGGCAAGGCCGCGGCCCAGCUGCGGCAGGUGCUGGAGGGCGGGCUGAAGGCGCGUGUGCUGCGCACCACGCUCGAGAUCGCCCUGGACAAGGACAUGGUGGCGGGCCAGCGGCGGGUCACCAGCGACUGGGAGGGGUUGGAGCCCCACGAGACGGUCCUGGAGGAAGCUGUUCAGGAGUUGCUGCAGCAACAGAAUAUGUGA